ACCAUCUUCCAUUUCUUCCCCUCGCCAAGGCGAGGCCGCGAGAGGGGUUUCGAAUUGGCGCCAACCAUUCCCCCCGAUUCCCUCCUCCAGCUCUAGGGUUUCCGCCUCUCUCUGCGCUACGCCAUGGCGGGAGCCACCGCCGCCACUCCGAUGGACAUCGACGCCGCCGCGCCGCCGCCGGGGGCGGCCGCCAAGGGCAAGGCGCCUCUCUCCUCCACUCCCGGCGGUAGGGCCGCGCCCUGGGUCGAGAAGUACCGCCCCCAAUCCCUCGGCGAUGUCGCCGCCCACCGCGACAUCGUCGACACCAUUGAUAGGCUUACAAAUGAGAACAGGCUUCCACAUUUGUUGCUUUAUGGGCCUCCGGGCACUGGGAAAACAUCGACAAUACUGGCCGUUGCAAGGAAGUUGUAUGGGUCACAGUAUGGCAACAUGAUUCUUGAACUCAAUGCAUCAGAUGAGCGUGGUAUUGAUGUUGUAAGGCAGCAAAUCCAAGACUUCGCAAGUGCCCGCAGUCUCUCUUUCGGAGCAAAGCAAUCUGUUAAGAUGGUUCUAUUGGAUGAAGCAGAUGCCAUGACCAAGGAUGCACAGUUUGCAUUGCGAAGAGUCAUUGAGAAGCAUACAAGGAGCACAAGGUUUGCGCUGAUAUGCAACCAUGUGAACAAAAUCAUUCCAGCACUGCAAUCAAGGUGCACCAGGUUUAGAUUUGCACCCCUUGAUGGCACUCAUGUUAGGGAACGUCUUAAACAUAUAAUACAAUCCGAGGGGCUUGAUGUAGAUGACGGUGGUUUGACAGCCCUUGUGCGGUUAAGUAAUGGUGAUAUGAGGAAGGCUUUGAACAUAUUGCAGUCAACACACAUGGCAUCUAAGCAAAUAACAGAGGAAGCUGUGUACCUUUGCACAGGAAACCCCAUGCCGAAAGACAUUGAACAGAUAGCAUACUGGUUGCUGAAUGAAUCAUUUUCAACCAGCUUCAAAUGUAUAUCUGAUAUGAAGAUGAGAAAAGGACUGGCCUUGGUUGAUAUCAUACGGGAGGUCACUAUGUUUGUGUUCAAAAUACAGAUGCCAUCUGAUGUACGCAUAAAGCUGAUUAAUGAUCUGGCUGAUAUCGAGUACCGGCUAAGCUUUGCUUGCAAUGACAAGUUACAGCUGGGGGCGCUGAUAUCAACUUUCACGGGUGCUCGCACGGCUAUGGUUGCUGCUGCCCACUAAUUUCAGCAAGGUGAUGAUCAUUUUGUUGCCCUUCACUGCCACUUCAAUCUGGAAAUGACGCGGCAAUGCUCGUUAUUAUUAUAAGCAUGUGGUUAGCGUAAAGCUUAAAAGCAUGGCGAGGAGAAAUUUUAUCUGUAGGGUUUGUCUGCUCGACGUGCUAGCUUCUGGGACUCGGGAGUGCCUUGUAAUUGAACUGUAACCGAAUUCUAUCGGGUGUAACCGUGUAGGUGAUGCAUGAUGCGUGUAACGUUUUAUGCAGUAGAAAAUGUAUUCACAGUUCCAGCU